AUAAAAUUUCCGCGCUUAUUUGUGUUUUCUUAUUUUUUAAUAACAAUUUCCGUAAUCAUCAGAAUUGCCUUCCGUAAUCAUCAGAAAACGAGCACCAUAAUAUUAUUCGCAAGAAAUUAUUGAGAUUCUGUUUGCUUUAUGUUAAGCGAAUUUGUAGUAUAGUAUACAAUUGCUCUCAGUCAAAUGUGGGCCAUGCAGGGUUGCAUUAUUCUGCUUUCCAUAAUAGUUGAGUUUUCAUAUUCCGCCAGUCAUCUGCAGCUGCCCAAUGGAAUGUACAAUUUCUGGCCUAUCAACCCCAGCGCAACAACAACGACAAACAACGGCGACACUGCAUACCGAAUCAGCCGUGUUCGUAUUGGUUAUGUUCGCGAUUCCAUUUACCCACUGGCGGAAUAUAGCACGCUGACCAACGCUAUGGACCGAAUCAAGACGGCCACAAAAGGCUGCAUAGAAUUCGCGCCGUAUGAUCAGUUGCUGAGUAGUGUACCGCAGUCGAAGCUCCACAUUCGAAACCAACCUGAAACCGGUACGAUUAAUGCUUGUCGCACCCACCCGGGAUACGUUAUCGACAGCCAAGGAGCCGGACAAGUUAUAUUUCUUUUCGGAUCGCUGAGUAAAGGCAAUAGUACUGCGGAACAUGGAUGCCUUGACGACGAACGGGAAACCACACGCUAUCUGCUGAAUCUCCUUGGCAUCGUCAAUGAAUUCCAGCGUCCUGACCGGGCAUCCGUUGGCGUCUCGUUUCCUAGAGGGUAUAACAACCGCACCAAGUCGUACCUACGCAAUGAAUACCUCUUUUUCCCCAAACAAGAUGCCGUGGGCGUUGAACGUGAUCUGGAUGUUGACUCAGUGACCAUGAUAACACCGGAACAAUAUGCCGCUUCGCCGGAUGAACCGUUGUUCGUGCUAGGCACAGGAGUGUCGGUAUCCCCGUCCAUCUCGGGUCGUUUAAGCCAAAAAGACUGCGAGCUGCUGAAUCUAAUAUAUGACUGUGGAAUUACGUGCGGCUCCGCUUUACCGGAAAUCGUUCUGAAUCCACCAACCCGCGUCGCUAACUUCCAUUGUUGGAAUCCUAAUGAAGCUGGUCAACCGUUUUCCGCCUUAGAAGAGCGGGGUGAAACAGGAAGAAUUGGAUCACUAGAAUUAAAUCUUCCCGCACCAUCGACAAGUACAGAUGUACUGCAGUACUCCUUUGGUUCAUCCGAUCCUAAACUGAAAAUACGAACUCAAACGUUUAACAACGCUGACAAGUCAGUAGCGAUUGGACUGCCGGAGAAGAUUUCCCGCGGUUUCCGCACUAGUGCCACGGUGGGUGCCCGGGCGGGAGGCAGAGUGGUGGCCCGAGGCGACAUCGAAGUAUGGGUUAACUGCUGGCCACACUUUCGCGUGAAUAACGGCAUCAUGGUACCCUGCGGCUUUGGAGAUAAUCCGGAGGAAAACCCGGUAUUGGGACUACGUGAUGUUCCCUUUUGCUCCUAUGAGCAUGGACCACCACUUACUACCACAUCCGCAUGUGAAGAAGAUGGGUCACUGCGACCUGGACAAGUGGUCUUCAGCAUUCGGGCAACGGAUCCAGACGGUAGUGCCACGCAGUCGGAACUAAUUGCGGUGACUACGAAGAAACCUGAUCCAGAUUCGGGCGUGCCUGUGGAAGAGGAUGAAACCUCGAACUGGAUAUACAGCACCGAAACCGGGGCUAUGAUAACGCUGGCACGCAUAUCAAACAUUAACGAGGCACCUCUAAUGGCCUUCCGUGUACUAUUUCAUGAUACAACAUAUUCCAGCAUAGUCAAUCCAGAGGGUUCUGUUCUGUUAGAGUUAACUGUUAAUCUGAAGUGUCCAGAAAAUUAAUAGGUUCUUGUAGUGUUUCGUUGCUAACAUUUGAAGUUUCUUGAUGGUGCACAGAUGAAACAGAAGGCAAAAAGUGAAACGACU